GGUUAUCGCCAGUGAGGUUUGAAGUUUCUCUUCCCUGCCAAAAACUUGUGAGAGUAUCUUGAAGUCUCUGGGAGAGAUUGGCUACCCUUUACCUCCCUCCAACUUCAGCAGAGAAGAGAAGCAGAAUCAUGAGACCGUUGAGGAUGUUGUCUCUCCUAGGCUGGGUGCUAAUUUCAGGUAAGGAAGAGAAAAAUGCUCCGUCAAGGCCACAGAUCUUGAAGCAUAAGGAGGAAGUCUGCCAAAAUGCAUGGGAUGGCACUACUGAAAGUCCAGAGAUAGAAGACUUGGGAGACAAACAGCAGAAAGCGAAAGAGGCAUGGCAACUGACUGGUCCAGUUGAAGUGCAUGGAUAUGAAGGAAAAUCUCUCUCUUUUUGCUGCCAUUAUCAACAAACCUUUGAAGAUAACACUAAGAUUUGGUGCAAAAUUAAAAAAGGCUUCUUUUCAUUUUCAUGCGAAAGUUUAAUAACAUCAGACGGAAAGGCGAACGUGGGCAGAGUCUCCCUCAGAGAGAAUAAGGAAGAGCACUACUUUCAAGUGACGAUGGACAAUUUGAAUUUGGAUGAUUCCGGUGUUUAUUACUGUGUUAUAGAUCGUUUAAUCUUUCUCAAUAUCAAACACAGGGUGAAUGUGACAGUUUCUCCAGAAGAAAGAUUAUCACCUACAGAAAUAUCAGAAUUUAUCACCUCCGUAGUACAUUCCAGCCACAGCCCAGAUCCUACAGAGACCCCGUCAGAAUCAAAGCUCUACAUCUUGAUAUAUAGUAUCAUUCCACUAUUUAUUCUUGUCUUACUUGCAACUGUGGUGCUGCUUGUGGCGUCAAGGAAGAAGAAAACAGAAUCACAUUUUCAGAGAAAUGAGGAGCUAAAUCUACCAGAAAGGACGCCUACCCACAAUACUGAAGAUACUCAUGAGAACACUAUUUCUGACCAGUCCCCAGAUCAUAAUGGAGCAGGACUCUACAGGAUUGUUAAGGUCCUUCCUGAAAAUGACUAUGAAGAGAUUCACUCCCAGGAAAAGACUUCAGAGGAGCAAGAUGAGGUGUCUUAUGCCAGACUGGAUAUUUCAGAUCAUCAUCAUCAUCAUCACAUCUACGACAACAUAAAUCUCUCCAGGCCAGCCCACCCAGAGACACCUGCUCAGGAGGUCUUUUAUACAGAGGUGAAGCCUGACCAUUAAAUAUAUAUAUACUGUAUAUAUAUAUCACUGCUCUGCUUCAACAAAACCAGCUGCUGGGGAACUGCAAAGUGACAGCCGAUCCUACUUCUACAGUAAAAGGAAAAUGAUGGAUCUGCAUUAGCUGCAACCCACAUACAGUGAAAAAGCAUAUCCCAGAGAGGUAAAUAUAAUUUGAGCACGGAGGGAUGUUUUAAUGUACCUUAAUGCAUGGCUAUCUGCUUUUUAUUUGUAGAAUACCUUCCCCAGAAAGAUUUGCCUGCUGCAGCAAUUUGGGCACCAGGUGCCUUUUAUCCCAGGCCUUUUAAUUUCAAUUAUAUGCUUUAGUAGUGUAUUUAGAUCUGGCCCCAAUUUGAUUACUCUUUGCUGGGUGUGGUGUUGUUUUCCAGCUAGUGUUUAUAUUUAUUCUAUACUGUUUUUGGUAGUUUUAUGUCAGUUUCUGAGUCAUUUAACUGACCCAAAUGUGUUUGUGUAUUUGAUUGCUUUCUGUACGCCACCCAGAGGACAUGGAUAGAUCAGCUGUUCAGAAAACUGAGAAUAAAACAAUUA